AUAUCGGGUGACAGCUCCAUACUGCUUCAUACUGUGCUUUUUCUUCUUCGGCUCAUUUCAACUUUCUUUGCUUCCAAUGUGCUGUGCAUGUGGAAAGAGUGAGGUUAACAGCAUAGGUUAAGUUAGGUUAGACGUGUAAAUUGAGUGUAUAGCUGCUAGAAUAGACGUUGUCGAGCGAUGUCGAGUAGAAACAAAGCUAAAAACAAGACGAAGAAUAAUGAUGCGAUCGAAAAUGGAGCGACUGACGAUGUCGUCGAGGAGAUUGCAGAGAAGAUUGCGGAUGUGGAGAUCAACGAGGAAACGCCGACUAAAAAGCUCACGCACAAGGAAAAGAAAAAACUGAAGAAACAGCAGGAGUAUGAGCGGACAAUGGAAAUGCUGACGAAGGCUGGCGGCCAAGGUCACAGCGAACUGGAGUCAAACUUCACGAUUUCGCAGAGCCAAACGCAGCAACGCGGCAAUCAACAGCUGGACCAUGCGGUCGACAUCAAAGUGGAGAAUUUUAGCAUAGCGGCCAAGGGCAAGGAGCUCUUCACUAAUGCUAGUUUGCUAAUAGCACAGGGCAGACGUUAUGGUCUUGUAGGACCCAAUGGUCAUGGAAAAACUACCUUACUGCGCCAUAUAGCCAAAAGAGCCUUUAAUAUUCCAUCUACCAUAGAUGUUCUCUAUUGUGAGCAAGAAGUUAUAGCAGAUGAUACUCCUGCUGUAGAAGUGGUGCUCAGUGCCGACGUGAAGUGCAAAGAACUUCAGGCGGAAUGUAAAAAACUGGAAGAGCUGACAGAACAAGGAGACACUACUGUGCAGAAUAGAUUGCAAGAAGUUUACGAAGAGUUGAAGGCCAUCGGUGCGGAUUCGGCAGAGCCACGAGCUAGGAGAAUCCUUGCUGGUCUGGGAUUCAGUCGUGCGAUGCAGAAUCGCGCAACAAAAAAUUUCUCCGGUGGUUGGCGAAUGCGUGUUUCGCUCGCGAGAGCGCUAUUUAUGGAACCUACAUUAUUACUGCUGGACGAACCUACAAAUCAUUUGGAUCUGAACGCAGUAAUUUGGUUGGAUAACUAUCUGCAAGCCUGGAAAAAAACCUUAUUGAUUGUGUCUCACGAUCAGAGCUUUUUGGACAACGUGUGUACGGACGUGAUACAUCUGGAUCAGCAUAAAUUGUUCUAUUAUAAAGGAAAUUAUAGUAUGUUUAAGAAGAUGUACGAGCAGAAGAAGAAGGAAAUGAUAAAAGCGUAUGAGAAGCAAGAGAGGCGGCUGAAGGACCUCAAAGCUGCCGGGCAGAGUAAGAAGCAGGCAGAGAAGAAGCAAAAGGAGGCUCUCACCAGGAAGCAAGAGAAGAACAGGACGAAAAUGCAGAAGCAGGAGGAAGAGACUGGACCUACGGAAUUGUUGCAGAAACCGAGAGAGUACGUGGUGAAAUUCAGCUUCCCAGAUCCACCGCCGCUUCAACCUCCAAUUCUUGGUCUUCAGAAUGUUACCUUCGCGUAUGAUGGACAGAAGUCAUUAUUUAUCGGUGCAGACUUCGGUAUAGAUUUAGCUUCUCGAAUAGCCAUAGUUGGUCCUAACGGCGUCGGCAAAUCUACCUUCUUGAAAUUAUUGAUGGGCGAUUUAACGCCUCUGAAGGGAGAACUUACGAAGAAUCAUCGAUUGAGGAUAGGAAGGUUUGACCAGCACUCCGGCGAGCACCUGACCGCCGAGGAGACUCCGUCGGAAUAUUUGAUGCGUCUAUUCGAUCUUCCGUACGAAAAGGCGCGCAAACAGCUGGGCACCUUCGGUCUCAGCUCUCACGCGCACACUAUCAAGAUGAAGGAUCUAUCGGGCGGUCAAAAGGCGCGCGUAGCCCUGGCUGAGCUCUGUUUGAACGCGCCGGAUGUAGUGAUUCUGGAUGAGCCGACCAACAACUUGGACAUCGAGUCCAUCGACGCGCUGGCUGAUGCGAUCAAUGAAUACAAGGGUGGCGUAAUCAUCGUCUCGCACGACGAACGAUUGAUCCGAGAUACAGAAUGUUGUCUCUAUGUGAUUGAGAAUCAGCAAAUUAACCCGAUCGACGGCGACUUCGACGAUUACAGGAAGGAAUUGCUCGAGAGUCUGGGCGAGGUCAUCAACAAUCCAAGCAUAGCCGCAAACGCCGCUGUUUUACAAUAAUUGUCGAUUAGUUAGCGCAAUCGAUAGCCCGUGACAUAAAAAAGCGAUCACUGAAUCGCGAUCAAAGCCUUUCGCAGAGACGCUUGCCCGUCUCAAAAAAUUAUCACAUAUAAAUUUUGUACUAUAAAUAUCCCGUUAUGAUCGACUGUAAAAAUAAAUCGCUGAGAACGUGGAGCUUAAAUGAA